AUGUAUAUAGUUCUUGUAACAUUGUAUUUAUUUGUUUGUGUCAGUGAUUGCAAGCAGUCAAGGCGACUUUUGAUUAAUACAGAUCAAUCGGCAUUAGAAGAUCGGUUUAGUCGCUUAGAAUCAGAGAUACUCAACCAGAAAACAUCAUUACACCAUUUACUGACAGAAAACCAGCAUCUGACGCUUGAAAAUCAACUUCAUACAACCACUGUCCAACAACUAAGUUCAGAAGUCCAGAAACUGUCGUUACAGCUGAAGACUUUAUCGACAUUGUCUAGUACUGAAUCACAUGGUACAACAUACGUACGAUGGGCCAAUGCCUCAUGUCCAAGUAACAAUACAGAAUUAGUUUACUCAGGAUUUGUUGGCGGAGGAAUGUAUAACGACAGAACCGCUGCUCCGGAGCCAGUAUGCCUCCCUCUUGAUCCUGAUUUUGAGAGGACUACGGGUAACGAUGCAGGUCGUAUGUAUGGAGGAGAAUAUGAUGAUAACUUCUUUAUUCAAAAUGGCGAUGGACUAGACGUCCCGUGUGCCGUUUGUCGGACGAGACUUGCAUCUAGUGUUUUGAUGAUACCUGGUAAAACUCGAUGUCAUCCCGGUUGGAAAAGAGAAUAUUACGGUUAUCUAUCCGGAAGUAACCAUAACUAUGUGGCUUCCGGUUCCUAUGUAUGCGCAGAUAUCCACCCAGAAUACCUUACUGGAAGUGGAACUCAUACAUUUUUUUAG